AGGAGAAAUCCACCGCACGGGACGCGGCAGGCGGCUGCCCCGCACCGCCCCUCCGCGCCGCCGAGCAGGAAGGGCCCGAGGGAUGGGGCUCGGCACGGUGAAGCUUCGGAGGCCCUCGGCAAGGGAGCAGCCUGCCCAAGGAAGACGGCGAGCGGUUGCAGUCUGACCCGCACAGCCGCAGGGCGAUGAAGCUGAACGAGCGGAGUGUGGCCCACUACGCCACCUGUGACUCGCCUGCCGACCACGCUGGCUUCCUCCGCAAGCGGGUGGAGCGGCACCACCACCAUGCCCACCACCACCACGCCACCUCCUACCAGCGCCGCUGGUUCGUCCUCAAGGGCAACCUCCUCUUCUACUUUGAGGAGCGGGAGAGCCGGGAGCCCGUGGGGCUGGUGGUGCUGGAGGGCUGCACCGUGGAGCUGUGCGAGGCCGCCGAGGAGUUCGCCUUCGCCAUCCGUUUCGAUGAUGCUGGUGCCAGGGCUUACGUGCUGGUGGCUGACGGGCAGGCUGCCAUGGAGGCCUGGGUGAAGGCACUCUCACGGGCCAGCUUCGACUACAUGCGGCUGGUGGUGAGGGAGCUGGAGAAGCAGCUGGAGGAGGCCUGCAAGAGCUUGGCUGCUUGCCGCAAGUCUCCGCGGAGGUCCUCCUCCUCCGGCAGGAAGAGGCACCUCUCCAACCCCGCUUUGCUGCCUCUCCAGGAGAAGCCUGCUGUCCUGGAGAAUGGUUACUCCACGUGGGGUAGUGGUGGUGGUGUCCCCACAGGGUCUGCCUGCCCCGACCGUGACGGGGGGCACAUGAAGCCCCCGCCGCUGCCUCCACGCCGGCGCUCGGCCACCAGCGGCGCCGCGGGUUCCCCAGCACCCGGCCUCUCACCAGCCAUGCCAGAGAGCCCGGUAUCACCGGAGACGGCCUGCUUCUCCAAGCUGCACAGCUGGUAUGGGCAGGAGAUCGCGGCCCUGAGACGGGAGUGGCAGGAGAGGCAGAAGAGGGGACACCCGUGACCGGGGCCACGGGGCGCAAGCCACCGGCCAGCCGAUGCCCAGCAGCCUGUCUCCCACGUGGGAAGAGCAAAGCGAGCGACACUGCUUGCCCCCUGCCCUGGUCGGUGGCUGAGUGUGUGGUGCAUGUGUGCUUCACAGGGCGUGUGGGAGGGACCCGGGUCUUCCCCAAACCUCACAUUUCAUUUCCAUGACGCUUUAUACAGCUGGAGAGUGUAUAGUACCAGGGGAGCUGCCUUUGAACUCUCUUCUGCUGGUGAUACGAGGUGUGGAGGGGGCCCAAAUCGGCACGUAUGCAACAAACCUCAUCCAGUGGCUUGGGCCCUUGCCGUCCUGGCGUGGUGGACACUAGGUGCUUCAUCACCCGCCUCUCCUUCACCACUUUUUUUUGGUUUUGUUUCUCAGUGUGGAAGUUUGCACAGGUCAGCGUUUAUUAUUGUCUGUGGUCUUGCACCAAAGCCCUUCUGCCUUUGCUCUUUCACUGCAGAUAAGGCUGGACUCUUAGGAAAUGCCUCCGAUGAGCCACUGGCCCUGGCAGGUGCCUCCAGCCUUGUGCCUCUCUCGCCACAGGACAGACAAGAGCCGCCAUGGCUGUGGCUGGCCCAGCAGCCAAGGCAGCAAACACCGGGCUCUCAUGUUGUCGAUUUUUUUUACUUUCAUCUGCACUAGCCCUCCUCCCUGCUAAAUCCCUCAGGAUGUGGAUUUCACAGGCUUGCAUCCAUCUCUUGGGGCACCUGAGCUCAGCAGCAAGGCUGAAAUGGAGACACCGAGCAUGAUCUGAAGCAACAGUGAGGAGCAGGAGCUCCGCAGGGCUGAUCUGGACUCUGUUGAGUGGCAGCCAAGCCUGUUAAUAUCUCCAGCUCAAGCCUUCCGUGUUCCAAAACAGGGACGCUAAAGCCUCUUUGCCUGGCCAGGGGUGAAUUUCUCAGCCUCUGUGCAGACUGUAUCUCCUGCAAAGUGCCAUAUAGGGCUCAGCCAGCUCGUUGGGCAGCUUGCCCGAGAUGGCGUCCAAAGCUGCACUCUUGCAGGGCCUCUCUCACUGUCGUGGCUCUGCCCAGCUCCUGGCAGAGCCAUGCAGUCAGAGGAGAGGCUGCAGAGGAGUGGGGAGGAGGAGAGGGCUGGUCCCAGGAAGAGAAGUGAAGGUGUGGGAGUGAGUUACAGGUAGCACUGACUGCUUGUCAGCAGUGUCUGGGCUUGCCUCUCUAGCGUCAAAGCCAUAUCGCUGCCUUCUACCAAAGCCAGCGCCUGACCUACCGGCGCUUCCCUCUGGUUUCACGUCAGCAUCACUCGGCUGAUCUCCGUAGCGUGUCCCAUCCUCCCAGCAGGCAAGGAGGGCUGCAGGGAGGCACGCCUGUCGCCUCGCUACAGAAACGGACUUGUCCUUCAGUAGGUCAGGAACCUUGCCCACGAGGCAGAUGGUACAAGUAGGUGGGUGCUGAGUCCAGGGACUGGAACACCCUGGAGAUGGCAUUUAUAAAUCUUCUCCCUUAUCCUCUUGGCAAGGGCUGUUUUUCAGAGCAGAAAAAAUGGGUGAAGCAGUCUUUUGCUUCCUGUCUAACAGUGUUAAACCUGUUUUUAUUGCCCUGUUUUAUUAAGGAGCCUUGCUAGGAAAGCAAGAGGUCAUUCCAGGUAGUGACUGGUAGGAACCUAUUUGCUUUUCUGGAGUUAAACACACUCAGCUUAAUACUUUGCAAUAGCCAGUAGAGAUUGCCAAUGCAGAAAUCAAAUUAUUUCCAUUAACUCUUGGUGCCUUUGAAAAUAUAUCUCUGGUAGUUUUGGAUAACGAGCUUCCAGCCUUCUGCCUAAUUAUGGCUCGAUGGUAUAUUACAGGAAAUCAGAUCUUACAAAUAUGACUUUGGGCAGUGGAAGUGUAACCUUCACAUAUGAGUGAUGCAAUCCAGGUCUCUCCAGUUCAUGCCUGUAUUUCUUCACAGCAAGGAUCUUUGAGUUUGGAAGGAUUAUUUUUGUUCUCCUUUUUAAGUGAAAACAGUUUGGAAAAAACAGGAGCAUGUGGCCACAGGCCAGUGCCCAGGCUCUGUCAGGAGCCCAGCUGGCUGGACUUACAGGCCAGCUCUGGCUCCCUACCUGCUGCUUAAAUUGUUCAGGGCUGCAGCAUUCCCGGCUGGGAACCUGUCCCCUUCCCCGUGCUGGGGCAGCAGCUUCAGGGCAUGGCAGCACCUGGUGCCUCCUCGCUCUGAGCAUGGGUAUUUUGGGGCCAGGGUCAGAUUUGGCAAGCAUUUUUCUGUGGGUUUGUGGUUUUUUUUUUAAAAGGUAAUACAGAGAGAAGAAUAUUCCUGAUGACUUACAUAAGGCAGUUUGACGGUAAAGAUUUAACUUCCAAGAUAAAUCAAAAUGUAAUGGCAGUUCCUACAUAAUACCCAAGAAUCGGGAGUGACUUGAAAGGGAAAAUAAAUUAUCAAAGCCAGUUCUGUCAGUACUGAAACAGUAUUAUUCAUUUAAGGGCAGUUUCACUUUUAAGAAGCUUAGUUUGUUUUAAUAAGCCAGGAUUGUGCUAGUAACACUACUAAAGAGCUUAUAUUUAAUGCUUUAAUCUGUCCCAUUCAAACGCCACAAUUUCCACACUACCUGCCUUUGCGUUAGUACAUAUCCCAACUAAAUCCUAAAUCCUGCAAAUGAGGAGCUGCACUCUGCUUUCUGUCUGAUCGCAUUUGGCGUAAUUUUGUGUUUUAUUCUGCAGCACCGAGAAGAAAAUGGCUGAAUCCUGAGCAGUAUUUGUGCUCGGCCCAGCUGUCCAUGCCUGGGCCUUUGCUAGGUCUCCAAAGCACUGCGUGACUUUGGAUGUGCUUGGUCAGGGCUUCCUCGCCAGCUCGCUCACAUAGACCGGAUGGCCCUUUUGUGAGUAAAAAGAGCCAUAACUGGAGCCAUGCCCAAGUUUGUAUGGGAGUACAGUUUUUUUAAUGACCACUGCUGCUUGCUUCAUUAGGCAGGAAGCACCUGGUUGCUCUGCCACCUCCUCUGAGAUGGAGGCUAUCAAACCAGCUCGGCUGAGCAUCGGUUGUGCUGGCAGCGCCUUUGAAGCAGCCCUGAGGCAGAAGGUCGGGAUUUCAGCUUCCUGAGAUGAUUGCACAUGCAGCUGGCUAAUGGAGCGUCCUCUCUGUUGUCUGCAGGCAGAGAUCAUUACAGGAGAAGCAGAGAGUUUUCACUGCACAUUGUCCCCAACAGCAAAAUAAGGCUGAUGAUGAUUGCCACAUACUGUUUUUCUCCGGUUGUUCAGGUUUGGACUGUUUCACCUCCUGCCUUCACUUUCCCUUACUAUUUUUUAAAAACAGAAAAUGUCUGGGCAGCACAAAACAGGUUCCCUAGCAAAGGGGGAGCUGAACACUAAAGCUGAAUGGCUACUUUUCUUAAAGUACUGAAGUCAAAUCCUUUUCUAAGAAUUUUCUUUAGUAUAAUAAAGCAAAAGUGAUGAGA